AAAAGAGGGCAGUGCAAUUUAGCUCACGUCUGCAUUGCGUUUCAAGCAUAGUUUUCGUCUUGGAAAUAUAUAACGGAUUCUAAAUUAUGUGUUUUUGAUUGGGAAACAUAAGUUAUUCUAAAUUGUGUGUAUGAAAAAUUUCAAUAUCAUAAGCUUGGAGUAUAGUUUAUUUGCCCACUGGUACGUGAUUGACAUGCAUUUGGACCUGGAUAAAUUAUAACAAAGGAUUAACCACAAAAGAAACGGAAAUAUUACCUUUUAUGUCAUCUAGCUGUCUAAGGAUUACUUAAUUCAUUACACCUGUUAAGACUGCAGUAUAUGAUUUAAAUUAGCCAUGCCAGGUCCAUCUUCUGGAGUAACAGUAUCAACAGCUGCCAAGACUGUUUAUGAAGAAGUGAAGAAAGAUAAAAAGUACAGAUACAUCAUCUAUCAUAUUAAAGAUGAGAAGGUGAUUGAUGUAGAAGUUACUGGUCCCCGUGAAGCUACCUACAGUGAAUUCCUUGAGCAAUUGCAGAAAUACAAGAAUGAAUGCCGAUACUGUGUAUUUGACUUUCCAGCUAACAUUCCUGUUGAAAGUGGAGGCCAGGAAAAAUCAUCCAUGUCUGUUGAUAGGCUUGUUCUCAUGACAUGGUGUCCUGAGAGCUCCAAGAUCAAACAGAAGAUGUUGUACUCUAGUAGCUAUGAUGCUUUGAAGAAGGCACUAGUGGGUGUAUACAAAUACGUCCAGGCGUGUGACUUUGAAGAAGCCAGUCAAGAAGCAAUUGAGGAUGCUUUCAGGAAAGGCAAAUAGGAUCACCCAUUAAACAUCAGUCUUUAUGGUACAAGAGGAGCGAUUUAUCGCAUUGCCUCUUGGCACUUUAAAGUGAUCCCUCUUCCAUGCUUCUGUUUUCAAAAGAUGUGACUGGGAUGCUCAGUGCAACAUCGUAUUCAGUAUAAGGAAAAAAUUCGGGAAGUGCUUGUAGAGCAUGUUGAUAUAUAUUAUUUACUGUACUGUAUUUUUCAUGCGACUAUUAAUAUUAAUGUGAAACAUUUGUAGAAAAGUUCCUUUUUUUUUUUCUCUUUCUAACUAGAUAUUGGCAGUCAUAGGAAAAUCACAUGGCUCUUCUGUUUGCUACAAAAAUUUUUAAGUGAACUAAUCUUUCGUAUUUAAGAAUUUUCUCGCAUUGUUUGUAACUUAAGAAAUGUGAAAAUUUAUCUGAAAUUGUUAGUCACCUGGUUCCAUUGCUGUGCAAACACUUCCGGUGUCUACAUGAAUAAUUUAUGUCAUAUCGUUUCCCUGUGUUUUUCAUAUGACUGUAUUUGUAUGUAAGCACUAAAAAUAAAAUAAACUUGAUUUUUUUCAGCGAGCUUUCAAAUGA